UCUUCCGGCCGCUGCUGCCGUCGCUGCCCGUCCGAGGGGACGCCCCGGGGGAGGGCGCGGCUUCAACGGCGCUCCGCAGGUGCAGCCGCGCCCUGCGCAGCGGUUCCGCUCCUCUCCGCUGCAGCCGGCGCUGCCGAGGAUGCUGCGAGGGAUGGAGCGAGAACGGGCGGCACCCACCCACCCGCGGCGGCGACUCACUUUAUUCAGCAUCUGGAAAACAAAGCGGGGGAAGAGGGCUUGCCUGAUUUCUGUAGCUGCCUGAGGGGCUGCUGGUGCCCAGGACUCCGGGACUCAGUGCUCUGAUACUGGCUUUCCACCUACAAGCUGGGAAGAUUAAGCGUUUCGAUCUGUGCUUUGAAAGCAGCUGACAGCGGGCGGUAAUGUGCUGACUGGCACUAUGGGCAGGAGGUACCCAGGGGCUCACUAUCGGCCAAGCAGCUCAUUCGAUUCCGGUGUGGACGCCCUGGCAGUGUUUAUGGCCAGCAGCAGCACGGCGGACGUUGUGAACCGCAACAGCCCUGCCACCCCGCCCAACACCCUCAACCUGCGCUCCUCUCACAACGAACUGCUGAAUGCAGAGAUCAGGCACACGGAAACCAAGAACAGCACUCCUCCAAAAUGCAGGAAAAAAUAUGCCCUGACUAACAUCCAAACAGCCAUGGGGCUUUCCGACCCGGCGGCGCAGCCCCUUCUGGGCAACAGCUCUGCCAAUAUAAAGCUGGUGAAGAAUGGAGAAAACCAGCUCAGGAAAGCAGCUGAGCAGGGGCAGCAGGAUCCCAACAAAAACCUCAGUACCACUGCAGGCGUAACCGUAACUUCUGAGAAGUUUGAAGGCAAAGAGCCGAUCCCACAGGAUUCCUCUGGCUGUGAAAUAUUGCCCUCGCAGCCAAGGAGGACCAAGAGCUUCCUGAAUUACUAUGCGGAUCUAGAGACGUCUGCCAGAGAGCUGGAGCAGAGUUUUGUUGCCAUGGAAGAUAAAUCUGCACAAAGCAACAGCCAAGCUUCUACUGUUAUUGUUAAUGGGGAUGUCCUGCCCCGGAAACAAAACAUACUGUCGAGCCCAGAGGAUGGCCAAGUAGCCACAGUGUCGUCAAGCCCAGAGACUAAGAAAGACCACCCAAAAACUGGGGCCAAAACAGAUUGUGCCCUCCAUAGGAUUCAAAACUUGGCCCCAAGUGAUGAGGACUCCAGCUGGACUACGCUGUCCCAGGACAGUGCCUCGCUCAGCUCGCCCGAUGAAACAGCAGAUAUAUGGAGUGACCAUUCAUUUCAGACAGACCCAGACCUACCACCUGGCUGGAAAAAAAUCAAUGACAUUGCUGGGAUCUACUACUGGCACAUACCGACAGGAACAACUCAAUGGCAGCGUCCUGUGUCCAUCCCAACAGAUCUGCCUGGCUCACGGAAAGGAUCUCUCGGUUCCAUUACUCCAUCUCCUACUCCAGAGACUGAGGAUCUGCAUGCUGCCACUGUGAACCCAGACCCGAGUCUGAAAGAGUUUGAAGGAGCAACGUUACGUUAUGCCUCUUUGAAGCUCAGAAAUGGCCCACAGUCUGAUGAUGAUGAUUCUUGUAGCAUCAACAGCGAUCCAGAGUCCAAGUGCUUUGCUGUUCGAUCUCUGGGCUGGGUGGAAAUGGCAGAAGAAGACCUUGCUCCUGGAAAAAGCAGUGUUGCUGUCAACAACUGCAUCAGACAACUCUCUUACUGUAAAAACGACAUCAGAGACACCGUCGGCAUCUGGGGAGAGGGCAAAGACAUGUACCUUAUACUGGAGAAUGACAUGCUGAACCUGAUUGACCCCAUGGACCGCACCGUUCUGCACUCGCAGCCCAUCGUCAGCAUCAGAGUCUGGGGCGUGGGGCGUGACAACGGCCGAGACUUUGCUUAUGUGGCAAGAGACAAGGACACCAGGAUUCUGAAAUGUCAUGUCUUCCGCUGUGACACUCCCGCCAAAGCCAUCGCCACCAGCCUGCACGAGAUCUGCUCCAAGAUCAUGGCUGAACGGAAGAAUGCUAAAGCUAUGGCUUGCAGCUCACUGCAGGACAGGACAAGUGUCACUCUUGAUGUUCCUCUGCAAGUAGAUUUCCCAACACCAAAGACAGAACUGGUCCAGAAGUUCCACGUCCAGUACCUGGGCAUGCUGCCUGUAGCUAAACCUGUGGGAAUGGAUACUCUGAACAGUGCCAUUGAAAGCCUGAUGACUUCCUCUAGCAAAGAAGACUGGAUGCCAGUCACCAUGAAUGUUGCUGAUGCUACUGUCACAGUCAUCAAUGAAAGGAAUGAAGAGGAGAUCUUGGUGGAGUGCCGUGUGCGGUUCCUGUCCUUCAUGGGCGUGGGCAAGGACAUCCACACGUUUGCCUUCAUCAUGGACACCGGGAACCAGCAUUUCGAGUGCCACGUCUUCUGGUGUGAACCCAACGCAGGCAACGUCUCAGAAGCUGUUCAGGCGGCUUGUAUGUUACGGUAUCAGAAGUGCUUGGUGGCCAGACCUCCUUCUCAGAAAGUGCGCCCGCCCCCCCCUCCCGCGGACUCGGUGACCAGAAGAGUUACGACCAACGUGAAGCGAGGAGUGCUGUCCCUCAUUGACACUUUGAAACAGAAGCGCCCGGUCACCGAGGCGCCCUAGCUGCCCCGGGGAGGAGCCUGCUCCCCUCCAGCUGAAGAUAGCAGUAGCCACGCUAAGGAACGUGAACUGCCGACGUCUGGCCUGCCCUUUGCAGCUGCUGAUGCUUUGUCUUCAGAGAACUCGCCCUUCCCGAACCCCUGUUAGACAAGCAUGUUCUCUCCUCCUCGCCACCGUCCUGUGAUAUGAAAAGAAGCAUGAAUUAAGUUUUUUGCUGUCAAGUGAGUUCCAUCAUGAGCAAUGGAAGGUCUGUUUGAUUGUAAAUACCUGAACAGUUACACAGAACAAGAAUAUGGCCACGUCCCUCCCACUGAACUCACGCUAGAGCCCUUGGAGUGAAUGAUGCCUGAGUUGGUAGCUUCACCGUCUUGAGCCGGCUUGGUCACAAACCCAUCCUCAACCCUGCAGCGCUCCGCUCUGUGUUCAGCACUGGAGUAGGUACUCUUUGAGUUACUGUAGGUUAAACACCAAGGCUUGUUUGUCACACAGCUACACCUCUUAGUUUGCGGUUGUUUGUCAGCGCUGCUCUGGCAACCACUCCAGCACCUCCCUGCCACGCCUGUCAAUCACGGGGUCGAUAUUUCACCUCCUGGUUGUGCAUGAUGGUCUGAGAGAAGAAUUGGGUUUAGUACCAAACCAGGGCUGGAAAUACCAGAAGGCUUUUCAGCAGCUGAGCUGUAGGGUCAUCUGUGCAAGCUUUGCAGCGUUAACCACACAGACACACCUGUUGGCUGUUAAAUUUAUUCUCCUACAUCUGCCAUUCACCUGUCAAAACCUUCAUUUGCUGCACGCAGGGCUGAAACCAAUCAAGAGCAAGGAAGAAUUUAGCAAUUUGAUUGUCCUACAGGGACCAGAAUCUCAGCAUGGGCAGAGGAGAGUUAGAAGGAACCUCUGCAGAUCAUCAGAGCAGGGGCACCUAGAGCAGGUUGCACAGCAGUACAUCCAGGUGGGUUUUGAAAGCUUCCAGAGAAGGAGACUCCACAACCUCUCUGGGCAGCCUGUUCCAGUGCUCCAGCACCACCAGUAAAGUAGUUUCUCCUGAUGUUCAAGUGAACACUCCACACCUUUUCCAUCCAGGUGUUGGAUGAAAUGUUCAGUUCAGUGUCCCUCACCCCUCAGUCUGUAGCUGACUAAUUAACAUGCCACAAAAGGAACAAUGGAUCUUGCUCAAAGCUUCCAUUCAAUUCCUUGUAAUGCUUUUGUGGCACAGUAAGCAGAGAGCUUCUACCAGGGCAGUGCUUCAGGUGCUACAGGCCGACUCCCGCAGCUUCAUCUGCGUGCCUCCAUUGACACACUACUGCAGGCUCUGGCAAAGUCAGCCCAGUGCCAGCUCUUACAGCUGUACCUCAGACUGAUUCUCCACCGCAGCUGUACACCUUGAGGCUCUCCCUUAGCCAUCUCCUGCUUCAGUCUGCAGAUUGGUACCAACUUUGGAAAUGGAUCAGUCAAGGUAUUUGUAACCAGCAGUAACACAUUUUUGCCUCCCAUUAUAGAUAACGUUCCACACUGUCUGCCCAAGCCUGCAACUCUUGCCAUGCUGUAAGCCUCAAAGAACAAUGGCAAGGUCGUUAUGACAGGAGCUCUUUUCUUAUUUCACUAUGCAAGAGACUGUUAGAAACAAAACUAUUUUGCUUUUUAUUUCUUAAAAGAAAUUAACAGCAGCACCUGGCAGUGAAACAUAGGAACACAAGAGGUAAGGAAUGAUGAUUGAAGAGGUUUCUGCACCUGAAAACACAGAGAGAUCUUUAACUAAACUCAGUGCCAUGCAUAGACAAGUGUCAGGUGAAGGCUGGCUAUGCAACUCUUGUCAUUAAAUCGAGCUCUCCAGAAUACCCCCUGCAGAGCUGAGCCCCACCCAGCUCAAGCCUCUUCUCACCCCACUUCUGCACCCCAAGCACUGCCGUGUCUCCCCUCCCAGGGCUUACAUUCCUGCUAGCUCCUUUGCACCAGCGAAGCUGGAGAAGUUGCUUGCACCAAGUAGGCAGGGAGUGUGCAUAGCCCUAGGUGAAGGGACAAGAACAAUCUCACCCCUUUUAACAGCUCCAGUGGCUUUACCUGACCAUGGACCCACAUCCCAAACAUGGAGACGGCAGCUAGCAGCACACGUAGGUGCUUGGUUAGCUUCUAGGGUUGAUCCCAGUGAUGCCUGCUAGGAGCAGUGUGAAAACUCACUUCCUAUAAUGACUGCUGUCAACGUCUGGUGGCUGGCAAUGUACCUUCAGGUAGGAUCCUGAAGUUAGGAGAUCAAGGUUCCCUUACUCGUCAUCACUGUGCUAGAAAUUCCAACUUUAUCCUGUGUUAAACUGCAGAAAAUACUUGACAGUGUCUUUACAGUUCCAGCUGGAUAUGCCAAGAUUUGGGAUUUGCAACCUUUUGCUACAACAGUGCAUUUUAAAAGAGCAGAAUUACAUUUUAUUGGUCUGCACAGUGCUGCUUCUUCCCAGGAGAGAUCUGGACUGUCUUUAAGCCAACACUUAGCAAAGAGUGGUGUAAAGGUUCUGUGUGGGUUAGUGUUGAGGCUAUGAACAUCUAGUGAGCUUUUAAAUAGCACAGCAAGGGCUGAGGAGAAGACAGGGAAGUACUUGCAAAGCUGUAGGUCACUUUGCCAAUGUCUGUUUUAAGAGUUUUGUGUCUGUCAACAAAAGGUUGUUGACUUUGCAAAUGUGCUUAAUGGUCUGACUAUUUGUGGCCUUCCUGCUUCAGUAGAGCUCCUUUUAUUAGCCAAGAGGUGAGCCACAGACCAGGUGUUUGCAGAACCAGAGCCUAGGCCUGCAGUAGCUUUUGCUGACCGAUAGCUCCAGCCCUUCUUCUUACCACGGCCAACCAGAGUCUGUGCGGAGUGCGUGCGUGUGUCUGAGCAACUGCCACCCUUUUAGCUGACCUUAGAGCCACCCUUCCGUGACCUAUGCAUUUUCGGGGUAAUACCUAGUGGGUCUGUAGGCAGGCAGCCGUGUUCACUAUGCCUUGUAUGUCUGAUGCCAUAUUCUAACUUAACCUGUUAAAUACAGCUUAAAAUAUUUUUAUUUUAUUUAUUCUAUUUUUACUGAAAUCUCCUCCAUUAUUAAGUUGAUGUAUUGUCUUUACUUGGAUGUGCUCUUGUAACAUUCUCCACUCUGUGUACUAUAGGUUGCCUGAAAAAAACAAACAAAGAGAAGGCAGGCUUUGUAAUUAUUUGUAGUCACAUUUUUAUUGAAGUCUGUAGAAAAAAAAAAAGGAAAAGAAAACAAACAAAAAAAAAUCCCCAAACAUGUAAAGCAAAGCUAAUUUCUUAAUUUUCUUUUGGGUUGUUUUCAAUGCAAGUAGGUAGUUAGGGGUAAGUAUCACACAUCAGCCACCUCAUCAAUACCCUUCCUUGCAGAAGCAAGGAGAUUUUAUAUUCACAGUCAAGGACUCAGACAAAAAAAAACCCUUUCUUUUGAAAAUCUGCAGUGCUGGCUGCAGGUUUGUUUUCAGCCGUUUUACACUUUCAUUUGAAGGGGAGCCAAGAGGGAUGUGGGAGAGAGAAAAGGGCCACCUUACAGGGUGGUUAAAGGGAAGGCAGAAAAGGCCAACCUCAGAAAAAAUUGUCAGCUGUUUUGUGUGCAGUCACCUGUGCCUAUGGGAACAAGAGGCCCCUUCCCGACAGAAACCACGGAGUAGCUCACAGCUUAUGCCAGUUCUGCCUCGCUAGGAGUUCUACAUCCCUUUGAAUUUCAUCAAGCAUUUCAUACAUCAUUUAACCAGGAUCUAAAAUGAUUAGGAAAAGAGAAACUUCCUCAUUUCAACAGUCAAUAGGGGCUCAGCCCUUCGGCAGCAUCAGGAAGCCACUCACUCCUGCUCGGGCAGGUUCACGAGUACCUUGCUAACACUUGUGCUGUGCAGUCAGCCAAAGCAGGUCUGAGUUCCUGAACAGCAGUGAGAAAGAAGGGAACCUCCCCCCACUGUUUGUUAGCGGAGUUCAGUCCUACCCGAAGCACCUGACUGACACCCACAGGAAGAGUUUUCCCUGCUAUUGACCACUUCUCCACAUUUAAAUGUAAUCUGUUCUGAGAAUAAAUUUAGCUGCAUAAAA